AUGAAGUUCUCUCAUUCGCUUCAGUUUAACUCUGUACCAGACUGGGCUGAACACUAUAUUGCAUACUCAAAUCUUAAGAAACUCGUUUAUCAGAUUGAAAGAGAAAUAAUUUCGGUAUCUAUCGUUCCAGAAGAUGUUGAAGUAAUUGAAGUGUCCCCGUUAUUAGAUUCAAAGUCUCGCACGAAUUCUAUAUUCAUUCCAGCACUUGAUAAAGAGCUUGCGAAGAUCAGUACAUUUUAUAUCAGUAAAGAAAAAGAACUUUUUGAUGAAGUUACGAGUCUGAUUCAUGACUUCGCCAUAUUUGAAAAUCUUAAUGAUUCUAUGAGUGUUCAUAGUAACUCACUGGUUACAGGUCUUUCUUAUCAAUCAUCUGAGAGUGCAUUUAGUCAAGGUCGUGGUUCUCAUUCUUAUAGAAGAAGCAGGUCAGCUUCAGAUGCUGCUAAUUCAUAUAUUAGCAGUGAUGAUGAUGAAAAUUAUAAUUAUUCAGCUAUUAAUAUAUUUGAUGGGCGUCCAACAUAUAUGUGGGGGCCACCAUCCAUCGAAGAACGAAGGAUACACUUAAAGAAACGUACCAUUGAGCUUUUCGUUUGGUUAUCUGAACUCAAAUCAUUUGCCUCUUUAAACAAAACAGGAUUUUCGAAAAUUUUAAAAAAAUAUGAUAAAGUUACCAGUAGUAAUCUUAAGGUUUCCUAUUUAAGCAAUGUAGUAAAUGACGCGUAUCCAUUUAAAGCUUCAACUGUUAAAAAUCUUGAAGAUCACAUUUUGAAAGUGCAAGAAAUUUAUUCCCAUUUAUGUACCAGCGCUGACAUGGAUGCUGCAAUGCGUGAACUCAAAACCCAUUUGAGGGAAUUUAUAGUCUGGGAAAGGAAUACUAUUUGGAGGGAUAUUAUCGGCCUAGAAAGAAAGUCUCAUGCUGUAGGUGUGAAAGCACCCGUGGCAGUAGAGCAAUUAGCUGAAACUCCAGCGAAUAUUAAAACACCUUUUGGUACGGUAACCGUGCCUAACACUUUUUGGAGAAGUGUUUUGUUAUUGAUAGUUUGUAUUGCCGCGUUUAUAUUCUUUUUAAAUGCAAACUUAUUUAAGAAAGAAGAACAAAAUAAUUGUUUUGCUCUAUUGAUACUUGCUAGUCUUCUUUGGUCUUUAGAGGUUAUACCUCUUUUCGUCACGUCACUUUUAGUUCCAUUAUUGGUCGUAUGUUUACGCGUAUUACGAUCACAUGAAGCUCCACACGAGCGACUUGAUGCACGUGAAGCUACGAAACUUAUUUUUUCCACUAUGUUUUCACCAGUUAUAAUGCUACUUUUGGGUGGCUUUGCUAUUGCUGGCGCAUUAAGUAAAUAUCAUAUCGCCAAAAUGAUGGCAACAAUUGUGUUGUCGAAAGCCGGAACAAAACCGAGUUUUGUUCUUCUAUACAAUAUGUUUGUCGCAACUUUCGCAAGCAUGUGGAUAAGUAAUGUUGCUGCGCCACCAAUUCUUCGAAGCUUACCUCCAGAUAGUUCAUUUGGAAGAUGCUUAAUUUUAGGAAUUGCUUUGGCAUCAAACAUCGGUGGCAUGGCAUCUCCCAUAUCAUCACCACAAAAUAUAGUAGCAAUUCAAAAUAUGGAUCCUUCUCCUACAUGGAUUCAAUGGUUCUUCAUAGUAAUUCCAUUAUGUAUAAUUGUGGAUGUUUUAAUUUGGCUUUUAUUACUUUGGAAUUAUCAACCCCAUAGUGAUUCACUAACCAUUCACCCAAUUCGAUCAACCAAAGAUCCUUGGACUGGAACUCAAAUAUUUGUUAUCGUGGUCACUAUUAUAACAAUUUUAUUGUGGUGCAUUGAAAACCAACUGGAAUUUUUCUUUGGAGAUAUGGGAGUUAUAGCUGUUGUACCAUUGAUUCUAUUCUUUGGCACAGGUAUUUUAACUAAGGAAGAUUUCAACAAUUUUCUGUGGACAGUUAUUAUACUUGCAAUGGGUGGUAUAGCACUUGGUAGUGCUGUACAUGAUUCAGGACUUUUACAUGUUAUUGCUAAAACUUUUCAAUCGAUGACUAGUGAUCUGGAUGUAUGGCAAGUGUUUGUGGUAUUUGCUCUGUUGGUUUUGGUUGUAGCUACAUUUAUUAGCCAUACCGUCGGUGCAUUGAUUAUUUUGCCUAUUGUCGCUGAAGUUGGGGAUAAGUUGGGUGGCUCACAUCGAAAUUUACUUGUCAUGGGGUCUGCAUUAGUGUGUUCUAUAGCUAUGGGACUGCCGAUAUCCGGUUUUCCGAAUAUGAAUGCAAUAAUGAUGGAAGAUGAGAUGGGAUUACGAUACCUUAGUGUAAUGGAUUUCGUAAAAUCUGGUAUUCCUGGAUCUGUGCUAGCAAUGUUGGCCAUAGUUACAGUUGGUUAUGGAUUAAUGCUACUUGUUGGUUUUUAA